AUGGAUUGCCGGUCGAGCCGCCGCAGUCCGCAGUUAGUCGCAGUGGUACGAGUGUCAGAGUAGUCGUACGCGUUUCCAAAGUAUAAGCUUUUAGUCGCGCGACACUGCUUCAGUCAGUCGUUGACGAAGCUAACGUGAUCAUUGCACAAUAAACAAUUCUAUUGUCAUCAAAUACACUCGCGAUUAAUUGUUAGCGGCAAUAAACGAGACGACAACGAGUCUUGAAAGAAGAACAAAAAUACGACAUCAGUUUGAAUCAGAAAUUGUUAACGAUCGGCCGCGAGUAUCAGCACCGGAUACACGCGACGAACACGAGAUUAUAACAACCGUGAAAACGACAACAGCGCUUGAUCCUUUGUGAAAAAGCAAUAUUUAUUCAAAAAAAAAGUACGCUGUUUUGUGUACAACAAUUUUUUAUUCCAAACUGCAAAGUUAUACUCGUUUGAAUUUUUCUGACGAGAGAGAGAGAGAGGUGUGUCACGGUGUGAAUUUAUAAUUUAUUUUUAUACAAGUGCAUCGCUUUUUCUACGUGAUUAUUCGCUUCACAUUCAACAUCAAAACUAGGAAGUUGAUUAAUAACAGAACUGUGAGUUUUAAUAUAACAGAAAAAGGGAGUUCGUGAAGUGACGCGCGAAACGGAAUAAAUCAGCAAAUUUUUCCACAAGAUUUAUAGAAAACCGGAAAUUGUUAAUUUGUCAGAAAGAUGCCGACAAGUUUAUUCAGCGAAAUGGACCGUGGGUCAAAUGGUGCGGGAGCCGGCUCUUUAGAAGAGCAACGAGCGCUACAACUUGCUUUUGAACUUUCGAUGCUUGGACUUGAAGGUACAGGAUGUCCAGGAUCGGGAAGCGGAACUGGAAGUGGAUCUCCAAAUGAUUCAGAUGCUAUGCAAACAACACCAACCAAUGUCUUUGAGGAGGCACGUUCCAAAAAAAGCCAGAACAUGACUGAGUGCGUGCCGGUGCCAAGCAGCGAGCACGUGGCCGAAAUUGUAGGCAGACAAGGUUGCAAGAUCAAAGCACUGCGUGCAAAGACAAAUACCUACAUUAAAACGCCAGUUCGAGGUGAGGAGCCAGUGUUUGUGGUGACUGGACGAAAGGAGGAUGUGGCAAAGGCAAAACGUGAAAUUCUCUCAGCUGCUGAACAUUUCUCGCAGAUUCGCGCAUCCCGUAAGAGUUCAUUGGGUGCAUUACUUGGAGCACCACCAGGUCCACCAGCAUCAGUUCCUGGACACGUGACAAUUCAGGUGCGAGUACCAUACAGAGUCGUUGGUUUGGUAGUAGGUCCUAAAGGUGCGACCAUCAAGAGGAUUCAACAUCAAACGCAUACAUAUAUUGUGACACCAAGUCGCGAUAAGGAGCCAGUAUUUGAAGUAACUGGUUUACCCGAGAGUGUUGAGGCGGCAAAACGUGAAAUUGAAGCACACAUUGCAUUAAGAACUGGCACUGGACCAGGCAUUGAGGAUGCCGAUUUAUUGGGUGCAUUAUGUCGCGGUGGUUUGGGAUCAAUUCUUGGCUGUUUAGAUCCAUCGGGCUCAAAUGGCUCAAACGGCUCGAGUGGAGCAUUCUCAAGUAGCGGAAGUUGCAGUAGUUCAUCAAGUAGCUCAGGUGCACCGGGUUUAAAUGAUCUUGUUGCAAUUUGGGGCGCUGGUUUAGAAAGAGACGAGGGUCUUGGUGAAUCGCCAUCAUUUGAAUCGCAAGCUGCAUCAUCGUCAUCAAUUUGGUCAUUCCCAGGUGUUGCUCUACCAUCGAGACCAUCGCCACCUGCAUCGGCGAGCCCUGCAUCACCAACUGAUUCACUUUUAGGCGGUGGUAGCGCCAAUGGACGACGUGAAUGUGUUGUAUGCGGUGACAAGGAAAUCACUGCAGCACUUGUACCAUGUGGACAUAAUUUAUUCUGUCUCGAUUGUGGAAAUCGCGUUUGUGAAAGCUCAGAUCCAAGUUGUCCAGUGUGCCAGAGGCCCGUACUUCAGGCACUUCGCAUACUCUCUUAAAAGAAGAAUCUCUCCGGAAACGGAGACGCGAGGAGGCGAAUAGGAGGAGGAGGAGGAAAGGAGGAGGAAAAUUGUCGAGGUAGAAGAAGAACAUGGAGGAAAUAGAUGGAGAGACACGAGAGCGGCCAAGAAUUUCUUUUUUUCUGUCCGUGACGAUCGUCUCGUUUUGAGUUCCAGCGCGAGGAAAACAUCGAGGCCGACCGUCAUGAACAAAAUCAACUUGUUAGACUAUAUAUAUAUAGGAAGAGAACACGCGCACAAGUUUCAAUUCCACUGCUGCUGUUGCUGCUGCCAAUAUUUACCUUUUACCAUUAAUAAAAAAAAAAAAAAAAAAAAAAAAAACGGGAAUAAUUCGAUUCAAACACAUCGCUCAUGUUCCCGCCACAACUGGAUACAACGAAUCGAUAUUUAAAAAAAAAAAAAACACUUAGUAGGUGUCACUCCGAUUCUAUUCGCGACAAAAUAAUACAAACUCUCGUGACACAAUGGGAGAAUAUUUAAUAAAAAACCCAGACAAUUUGCUCUGAUGUGGCGGCGCCGCUUCGUCAAAUCAAAAAAAAAAGAGACUCAAAAUGCAGACGAAAUCGUUAUUAUAUUGGCUGUAAAAAAAAAUUUUUCAAAACAAAUUUUUUAAAUAUGUUUAAAUAAGUAUAUAUAUAUUAUAUGUAUUUUAUGUGUAUUUUAACAUUUUACGAUUCGUUCUGUGCAUUGAAUCUAAAAAAAAUAAUUCCUUUUGAUUAUACGAUCCUACGACGUUAAAAAAAAGCGAUUCGUCAUUCAAGCAUUGAAAAAAAAAAGUAUAGUCGAAAUUUUUUUGUAGAAAAACUCAAUUUGGGAGUUUAUAUUUUCUAGAGAUUAUAAAUGUUUUUAACCCGUUGAAUUUUUACUAUUUUUUUUUUUUUUAAUUUUCAAAAACGGGUCUACGUUUGUACAGGGGGGUUUAAAAAAAAAAAAUGGCGAAAAAAAAUCAGGGAGCACCAUGAUUCGUCAUAAUUUCUCUUUCCGCCCGCCAUCCCUCGCAUAGAGUAUUAUCUUACCUUUAUAUAAGCGACACAGCAAUUGAAAUAAUAAUAAUAAUAAUAAUAAUAAUAAUAAAAAUAAUAAUAAUAUAUAUUCUAUAAAUAUAAACAUAAAUAUAUUAUAUAUAUAUAUAAAUAUAAAUAUAUGAUGAUAUUUUAUCGAGGAGAUUUAGAUUUUGUAUUUUUCGCGCGUACGUCGCGAUGGGACGACGGGUGGAAAAAUCGAGAGGGAGAAAAAAAAAGAAGUAAAUUUUUUUUAUAUAUAUAUAAUUUUAAUAAAAAAUUUUUCAAAAUGAAAAAAAUAUAUAUUUGAAUAUGACGAAUCAUGGAGCAGCGGCCCCCGCAAUUGUAUUCUUCAAAAAAAAAAGGAAAGGAAAGGAAAAAAGAUGAAAAAAAGAUGAAAAAAAAAAAAAAAAAAAAAAAAAAACCCUAGUAAUAAUCGAAAUAAUAACUAAUUCUUAAUUAAUACGAUAUACCUUUCGAGUAGGGAUCGUCGACGCAUGUAGCUUUUAUUUCGAGAGACGUAUUAUAUUAUAUUAUAUAUAUGCUAUAUUAUAUAUUAUAUAUAUUAUAUAUAUAAAUAUCACAUAUUAACUAUUGCAAAAAAAGAGGAAAAAAAAAAUCAGCCGCAGACGGAAUUUGCCGGAGGGUUGGGAUCCCGCUCGAACCCCCAUACCCACCCCCCAACACCCCUUCGUGAAUUCAGGCUCAAAAAAACAAAAAUCGUGAGCAAUGUCGCGGCGUGUUUUUUUUUUGUUUUUUUUUUUUUUCUUUUUUUUUUCUUAUGUUAACGCUGUGAAAAAAAAGCUGGGCUAAUCUUUUAAAUCAGCUCCGCAAAAAAAAAAAACGUUUUUCCAAGGUGAUUAAAAGGCUGACAAAAGUUGACGAAAAAAUAGGAGAGAAUCACAAUGAAAAAGAAAUAAUGAUUUCUCCUCUUUUUUAUCGGUAUUCAUUAACUUUUUUUUUUUUUUUUUCUCACUUUUUUUUCCGUUUCGCUGAAAUAUAUAUUUAUAUAUAAUUUUUUUUUCGUCCCUCAUUAAAUUUCUUGGUCUCGUUAAAUCGUUGCCAUUACGAAAAUAUGCUCAAAUCAUCAUCGCGCGCGCAGAGCUCGCUGACAUUUUUAAUUUUUCAUUGUCGGUGAGAAAAAUUCUGCCCGCUGAGAAGGAACCACACGGAGAGUUGAUCUCCGUUUUUUUUAUUUUAUUUUUUUUUUGCGUCUUUUGUGUGAGGUUCGUUCCUUUUCCAUGUGGCGACCUCUACGGUCUUCUUGAGACUCUUCCUUCUUUCGCGUUCUCAAUUAAAAUUGCAUAUAUAUAAAUAUUUAUAAUUUUUUAUAUAUAUGCAAGAAAAACAGAAUUUUUUUUUUUUAAAUAGAGAUAAACACGAUUAUUCUCGAAUUUUCUGUUUUAUUUUAUUUAAUAUUUUUUUUUUUUUUUGCGAUGACGCGCCCGUCAUGUAAUAAGAUGCACCGCACUUAUGACAUUAUACAUAUAAAUAUAUAUAUAUAAAAAUAAUAUUAUAAAAAAAAAAACGAUACUCGAGAGAGGUUUAUUAUAUUUAAGUUCGAGGCAAAGUAAAUUCUAUAUUUUUUCUAUGUUAAGUAUAAACAAAAAUAUAAAAAAAAAAAAAAAAAAAAAUGAAAAAAAAAUGAAAAAAAUGAAAAUGGUGAUGACAUACAUAUAUAUAUUAUAUAUUUAUAGGUAUUCUCUUUAGCAUCCACGUUCUGACUUUAAAACUAUAAAAAAAAACGCACCGCGCAAUACAGCGGAAUAUAUAAUAAAAAAAAAAAUACAUAUAUAUGUAGAUCAAGCGGAUAAAAAUAUGUCAUUCACACACUUCAAUAUAUAAGUCUGAUCGAAAAUCACUAUGAAUUUAAAAAAAAAAUUUAUUUUUUUUUUUGAAGAAACAAAUUUUUUUUUUUCUGGGUGAGAAAAAUAUGUAAAGAAAAAAGACGAUGAAAUUUAUUAUUUAAAAAAAAAAAAAAAUAAUGGGAGGGAAUUUUUUUCGGGGCGGGACAUAUAUAUAUAAAUAUAUAUUAUAAUUAUUCGAGGGGAUUUAAUGAAAUAGUGAACAAGUUUUUAGCAAGACAAGAUUUAGACGAUCGAGGAAGAUUUUUAAAUACGUAGAUAUAUAAGAAUUAUAAUAAUAUAUAAAUAUAUUAAAAAUAAAGUAAAUAAAGAAAAAAAAAAAAAUUAUUAUAGCAAACCAUGGAGGGAAAAGAGAAAAUGCUAGUAAUCUAUAUAUAUAUAUAUUAUUCUAUGGCGUUUUGCGCUCGUGAAUUUUUAACGCGUAAAAAAAAAAUAAAUGUAAACUAAUAAUAUGUGAAAAAGACGAUUUUUUUUAUGAGGCGAAGGGCGAUUGUCAACUUUUAUAAAAGGGAUUUUCGAAAAAAUUUUUUUUAAAAAAGGUGUGACUGUUUUUUUUUUCGAGAGAGAGAGUUCUUUUUUUUAAUUCUGUUUAGAAAAGCCGUUAGAAAUCUUUGCAAUGGAAAAUCAUAAUAAUGGGGUAAAAAAAUUUCAACCCCUGAUUUAUAUUUUUAAAUUCGAAAUUUAAUUUUUUUUUUUCUUUUUUUUCAUCGAAUUUCCCUUGCAAAUGAUAGAUCACCGUUCGUCACACGUCUUUUAUGUAACAAUCAUGACUUAAUCUCGUUUUUUUAAAAACAUAUAUUUUGUUUUAAAAAAAAUUUCUUUCCAUUCAUUUAAUAUUUAAAAAAAAAUUUAUUUGAUUUUUCACUAACUCAUGUACCAAUUAAUAAAAGCGAGUAUUCAUAUAUAAAUGUGGCUAAGAUUUUAAACGAGAUACAGUUUAACGAUAAUAUAUUAAUAAUGAUAAUAGUUUACGAAGUAAUAAUUAUAUAGAUAUUUAAUAUGUAUUAAGAGGCGUAAAUUGCGUAAUACAAUACAUGAACAUAUAAAAAAAAAAUAGCCAUUGGCUGUGACCGAUAACUGCCAUUUUCGUAGAAAAAAAAAAAUGCAAAAAAAAAAAUAAAAUAAAGAAACGAGAGAAAUGAGUCUUAAAGAAAUCACAAACGAGCUCACAUUGACGUGAUUUGACGGACGGUUGAAAAGAUCGUAAAUUUUUUUUUUUAAUAAAAGGUGUUUGGAGGCAAAAAAAAGUGAAUUCAUCGCAAAAGAGGGUUUAUGUGAGAGAAAUAAAAUUUGUGUGAUUAGUGAAUGUGAGAGAGAGAGAGAAAGGAAAAGAGCAGGUGUUGUCGAGGCUCCCUUAUCCCCCCCCCCCUUUUUUUUGUAAGACGAGUGACGAAUAGAAUAUAGAGGAUUAGAAUGUGAAACACACGACGAUACAUAUCUCAAAGAAUAAUAAUUAAACAUAAGAAAAUCAUAUAGAGAAUUAAUGAAAAAAAAAAAAAAUAGAAGUAAAAUAGAUUUAAACGUGAGCGUAUAUAGAGGAUUCAUAGAGACGAUCGUUGUUGCUUAAUUUAACUGUAUUUAAUAUGUUAUUAUAUUCUAUUGUAUAGGUAUAUAUAUAUAUUAUAUAUAUAUAAAUAUAUAAAAAAAAAAUAUCAUUUUUAAUGGUGAAAUAUUCGAAUUGUGUUAUCGCGCUCCCUCCCUUUUUUUAGAAUUCGCGCACAAUCUCUAUAUAUAUAUAGUGAGAGUGAGAUUUUUUUUUUCAUUGAUUUUUUUUUUCUUGCAUAUAUUUAUAAUAAUAAUAAUAAAAAAUAAGCUAAUUACAAAAAAACCCAAGUAGUGAUUGGAGAGUGAGAACGUUUCGAGAUAUAUAUCUAAUAUAUAUAUUAUAUAUUAUAUACGUUUUGUAUUAAUUAUAUAAAUAUAUAUGCGAAUAUAAUAAAUGCCGAACGUAAUUACUAUAUAGCCGCGUGUAAUGCUUUUUGGGAAAAAAAAAAAAAAUGACUUUUUGAUAUAGUGGAAAAAAAACCCCGAUCCCUUGGAUUAAUUACUUAAUUAAAUACUUACACCUACUGGAUUACUUAAACGAGAGAAAGAAAGAGAGAGAGAGAAGGAAAAAAAAUAGCUGUUCGUAUUCAUGUAUUGUCAUCAAAAAAAAAUUUUUUUUUUUUGUAUAACGGAUAAUUGUCGCGUUAUCCUAAUCGAUGUAAUUAUAUAAUAUCGAUGAAAAAAAGAAAAGAAAAGGGAAAAAAAAGAAAAAGGAAAAAAAAAACCGCUGUAUAUUAUGACCAGUACUAUAUUUGUUAGGCCGUUUCGCGAGGAUCAGCGCGGCUACGAGCAGUUCUCAGCCCACAAUCUCGAUCUCAGAUGCGAAUGAAUGCCUUGAACGAUAUUUGUCCUCUUCUUAUUUUUCUUUUUAUAACGAUUUCACUUGUACUCUUCGUAUACUUUUUCAAUUUAUUUUCUUUUAAUUUUAUAACAAAAAUUUUUUUUUUUUUUUAUCAGAAAAGAAAUAAUUUUUUCGAUUUUCAAAAUUUGAAUAUUUAAUUGACAAUUUUUUUUCUACAUUUUAUAUAUAUAUUAUUCUAUAUUAUUUACAAAAUAUAUAUUUGUAUUAAUUAAUAUUAAUUUUAAUUAUUCUAUCAAAUAAUUGAAAAAUAUUAAUUAAUAUAAUAUAAAUUAAUAAUAUAGCCAAUAUUAUGUAUAGAAAAUGUAAGAAAAUAUUUCAUAAAAUUCUUUUUUUUAAAUACGAAAAUUUUGUGAAAAAAAAAAUAUUCUCAAAAAAAAAAAACAUUUUCGGUUGAUGAAAAAUCACCUAUCUUGGAAAUGUACAAUGAAAUAUUUCCUAAUUCCUGAAGCUCGAAUUUUCAUAAAAUUUUCUAUAUUUAAUAAUUUUUUUUUUUUCAACGAUGAGAAAAAAUAUACUAUUGAAAAAUAAGUAAAUUUUUAUUUGAAAAAUAGUUAUAUUUUUCUCAAAGUGCAAAAUAAUAUGAAUAUUUGAUAGAAUUUUUUUUUUUUUUUAUAGUAAAAAAAGAAUUUAUCGAAUUCAUAUUAAAAAAAACAUAAGGAAUUUUCGAGGAAAACAAAUCAGGACAAAUCAGAUUUAUCGUCCCUUGGAGAAAAUGAUUUUUUUUUUAAGCAAUAUUUUCUUUUUUCAAACAAAAUUAUUUUCAAAAAAAAAAAAAAACAAAUUUAUUUUCCCUUUUUUUCAAUUUAAAAUUUAUUUUUCGCUAAAUUGUAUAAAAAAAACAGAGUCCAAGUGUCAUUGUUUCCCUCUUUGUAAUUUUAGUUUAUUUCUCAAUUUCGCUGAAUGAUUAGCAAUUUUAAGGAUUAUGGGAUAACCCCUGCUCUCUCGAAUGUCUGUGUAUGAAAAAAAAAAAAACUCCUUUUUCGAGUAAUGACAGUCGCCCGAAAAAAAAAAACCUAGAGAAUCAGUAUUUCAAGAUGUAAUUAUUAUAUACGAAAAAAAAAGUUGAUAUUUUUUCAUUUGACAAGAAUUUUUUCCUUUUUAGUUUUUCUUUUCUUCUUUUUUUUUUUUUUUUUUGAACGAACAGAAAAAAAAUUGAAAAGUGCGCGAUAUAAAAAAAAAACACAUGGAGGUUUGUCAAAUAACCGAUUAUACAAAAUAGUGAGAUAAAAAAAAAAAAAAAUCGUGGAUAUGAAUUACUCCAGGGGGGGGGGAAACAAUUGGGAAGGGAACAAGGUGCGAGAUAGCUUUUGCUCCGACUGAUGAUGAAAAAAAUUAAAUCGUAUGGUGAAUGUUAGUGCUAAUAUUUUUUACAACAAAAGAGUAGGGGGGGGGGGGAAUUUUUUUUUUUUUUUUUCACAAAAUUAUAGAAAAAAAGAGGAACACUUAGCAAUCAUUUAAAGGAAAAAAUUAAAUAUAUAUAUAUAUGUGACACAUAUUAUUAUAGUUAUGAUUAUUAUUAUUAUUAUUAUUAUUAUUAUUAUUAUAUUGAAUGUUGUGCGUAGUGUUUUUUUUCAAGGGCCCCGGCUGCGGUUCAAAAAAAAAGAGAGAGAGAGAGAGGGCAGAUUUAGAGAAAAAAAAAGUAAUUAAUAUAUGUAGCGAAGAAUAUUUUAUAUUUGACAUUUUAUCACAUUUAUUGAUUAUAAUAUUAUUAUUGCUAUUGUCGACGUCGAUAUUAUUAAUAGCAUUAUUAAUGAUUAUUAUUAUUAUUAUUAUUAAUGAUUAUUAUUAUUAUAAUUAUUAUUAUUAUUAUUAUUAUUAUUAUUAUUGUAGUGUGACAAAUGGCGAGCAGUUAGUUAAAAAGGAAAAAAAAAAACCUCGCGUUUAUUGCCAGUGAUUCUCAAAUAUUUUCCUAAUCAUACUCAGUGAUCCUCAAUCGCGAAGACAAAGAAUAUUUUGGAUAUAGAAAAAAAAAAAAAACCGGGAGCAACGCUGCUCGCACAUUUUUUUUUUUUUUUUUUGUAAAUAUUAAUUUACAUUAUAUCCUCAAGUAACUCUCGCGAUCAAUUUUAAAAAAAGAAAUAAAUAACGACUGAAUUUGAAUGGAAAUCGGAGAAUUUUUUUUUUUUUUUUUAAAGAAAUUUAUAAGUUCCACACUCCGCAGGGACGCUUUUAAAAAAAAAAUUUGUUUUUUAAAAGUAACCCCAAGGACCAAUGGUUGAUAUUUACAUUGUUUAUUAAUAAAGAAUUUUUAUUUAGUAUCAAUUAUAAUAAUAUAUCGAAAAAAGUUUUGUAAAAGAGACAAAAUUGUUUUUAGUUUACAGAGAGAUAGAGAGAGAGAGAGAGAGAAAGAGAGAGAGAGAGGUUGAAAAUAGAUAGAUAGAAAAGAGAAAGUGAGAGUAAAAAAUUUUAUAAUUUUUUUUUUUAUGCAAAAUAGUCCCCAGAUGAGUCUGAACAAAAAAAAUAACGCAUUGUCUCUUCCCCGUUAAAUCGGGAUUAUUUUUGUAGGGCCUCUUUUUGUUUUCUUUUUUUUUUUUUUUUGUGAUUACCAAGCGCACGUCCCUUGGACGGAUCGACUGACCUAUUUUGCAUUUAUAUACGCACUCUUUUUGGAAAUUAUUUUUUUAUCGUCGAGAUUUUUUUUUUUAGUCUUUUCCUCCUCUUUUGAAAAUAAUAAAGUGUUUUGGGCAUUAUUGUGUGUGUAAAAAAAAAAAAAAAAAAAAAUGAGGAAAUGAAUGAAAAAAAAAGAAAAGACGCGGGAAAGACGCCACACAUUCGACGUAUUUAAAUUAUUAAAAAGACCGAUUUGACACAUAUAUGACGUUUAAUAAAUAAACGUAUAUAUUAUUAUAAAAAAAAAAAAAAAGAAACUUAGUAUCUGUAAUAACUACUUACAUAUUGUAUUUGCUCUCGUAUUUAUAUAUUAUAAGAAUGGAAAAAGAGAAUAAGACACGAGACCCAAUAUAAUAAUUACUCGACGGCAUACGGCACAUACGCAGCAUCUUUUUUUUUU